AAGAAACUCAAAUUUCAAUACCAAAUUCUUCAAAUUCUGCGAACCAAUUUCCCCGAAUGGCUCGCACCAAGCAAACCGCCAGGAAAUCCACCGGAGGCAAGGCCCCAAGGAAGCAACUAGCCACCAAAGCCGCCCGGAAGUCCGCUCCAGCCACCGGUGGAGUGAAGAAGCCCCACCGCUUCCGCCCUGGAACCGUCGCGCUUCGUGAGAUUCGUAAGUACCAAAAGAGCACAGAGCUCUUAAUCCGCAAACUUCCAUUUCAACGAUUGGUUCGUGAGAUCGCACAAGAUUUCAAGACCGAUCUGAGAUUCCAAAGCAGCGCGGUAUCGGCUCUGCAGGAGGCGGCAGAGGCCUAUUUAGUUGGUCUGUUCGAAGACACGAAUCUGUGUGCGAUUCAUGCGAAGAGAGUCACAAUCAUGCCAAAGGACAUUCAAUUGGCCAGGAGGAUUAGAGGCGAGAGGGCUUGAAAUUGUCGAUUAACUUACUCUGGUGAUUCUUCUCUGAUGUUCUUGAGGUUGAUUUUGUGGUUAGGGUUCGUAGAAUGUAUAUGGAAAUCUUGAAUCUGUUUCGUGACUGAAUCACCAUUAUCUCUUCAAAUCUGAUUCUGAUAACGUUUAUUAUGAUUAAUCCGUCUCUUUGAUGCUCAUAACAAAUCGUGCCUUUCACAUUCAUAUGAAUUUGCUACUAUGAUUGGUAUAAUAAUUGUUUGAACA